CCCUCCCUCUCCCUCCCUGCCUCCCUCCUCCUCCACCCGCCCCUGAGACAGGGACCGUGCAAAUCGAGGAGAGGGGGGACGGACAGGCCCGAUGGGGUCCAGCUUAGGGCCCCGGACUUCCCAGUGAUGCUGUAUCCAGGCUGGGUGUCCUCAGCAUCGUGGGACCUGGAUUUGUGUGCACCGGGGUGGUUCCCAGGCCAGGAGGGUCCCUCCGGCAGGCCCUUGGUGCCCCCGUUUUGCAUGAGGACCCCCCUCUGAUGCUCUGAGCCACCCUUCUCAACCCGGAUCUAAAACCCGGGACACAGCUAUCAGGCCAGCCUCUCUCUCCACCCCACCCCCUCUUUCUGGCGUCCAUCCCCUCCCCAACACCACCUCUGCUGCUGCCUCUGGCUGUGGACCUGCACCUCUUCCCCAUCCCUGCCAGGCCCGGGGAGCGGGGUGAGCCUGGAUGAGAGCCCCCCAACCUGGGGCUCUCCCAGGCCAUGGCCCCUGUGCUCCCAGGGAGGAGCCCCGGACCCUGAGCAUCUGCUGGAGGCUUGGCAGAGGCCCCGCAGGGACCGUGUCUUCUGAGGACAAAAGGCGGCGGGCAGCAGGCAGACGGAGGGGGGGGUGGGGGAGGGGGGACAGGGGGACCAGCAGCCAGGCAGGCAGACGGGUAGCAGGGGCCAGCACUGGCCCCCCUCCCAGCUUGGCAGUGGCAUGAAGAUGGGGGUGGGAGUGUAUAGUGGAGGAAGCACCUGCCGGGACCCCCACCUGCCAGCUAGUUGGGCACCCCAAGGCUGUGUGCUGCCCACCUGGCGUUCCCCAACACCCCCAGCCCUUCCCCGUGCACCCCUCUGGUGCCUGCUUUCCCUGAUGCCUGCGAUUUAGACUAGCCCGGCUGUAUCCACGGCAACAGAAGCGGGAGUGUCACUGACCGCCAGAUCACUGAGGGUCCCACAAUGUGGCCGGGGCUCUGAUUUAUCCUGGGUGAGACAGCUUGAGCCCCCAUCGUGGAUUCCAAGAUAUCCCUGCUGAGAGAGCCCAGGUAGCAGACUUUUGCUCACUCACCACUGAAGAUGUUGCCGAUUCCAGCUAGGGGGAGGAAGCCACUGUAGGGCUGAAGGAAGGUGCAGUGUAGCAGGACAACUCAUGGAGCCCCCCCGGGCCCAUCGAGUACUGGACUGGCUGAUCCCAUAGGGUUGGCAGUAGGCCCUGGCCCUCAGCAUGGCCAACACCACUGGAGAGCCUGAGGAGGUGAGCGGCGCUCUGUCCCCGCCAUCCGCAUCGGCUUACGUGAAGCUGGUACUGCUAGGACUGAUUAUGUGUGUCAGCCUGGCGGGCAACGCCAUCUUGUCCCUGCUGGUGCUCAAGGAGCGUGCCCUGCACAAGGCUCCUUACUACUUCCUGCUGGACCUGUGCCUGGCCGAUGGCAUACGCUCUGCCGUCUGCUUCCCCUUUGUGCUGGCUUCUGUGCGCCACGGCUCUUCGUGGACUUUCAGUGCACUCAGCUGCAAGAUUGUGGCCUUUAUGGCUGUGCUCUUUUGCUUCCAUGCGGCCUUCAUGCUGUUCUGCAUCAGCGUCACCCGCUACAUGGCCAUCGCCCACCACCGCUUCUACGCCAAGCGCAUGACACUCUGGACAUGCGCAGCUGUCAUCUGCAUGGCCUGGACCCUGUCUGUGGCCAUGGCCUUCCCACCUGUCUUCGAUGUGGGCACCUACAAGUUUAUUCGGGAGGAGGACCAGUGCAUCUUUGAGCAUCGCUACUUCAAGGCCAAUGACACACUGGGCUUCAUGCUUAUGUUGGCUGUGCUCAUGGCAGCUACACAUGCUGUCUAUGGCAAGCUGCUCCUCUUCGAGUAUCGUCACCGCAAGAUGAAGCCAGUGCAGAUGGUGCCAGCCAUCAGCCAGAACUGGACAUUCCAUGGUCCCGGGGCCACUGGCCAGGCUGCUGCCAAUUGGAUCGCUGGCUUUGGCCGUGGGCCCAUGCCACCAACCCUGCUGGGUAUCCGGCAGAAUGGGCAUGCAGCCAGCCGGCGGCUGCUGGGCAUGGACGAGGUCAAGGGUGAAAAGCAGCUGGGCCGCAUGUUCUACGCAAUCACACUGCUCUUUCUGCUCCUCUGGUCACCCUACAUCGUGGCCUGCUACUGGCGAGUGUUUGUGAAAGCCUGUGCCGUGCCCCACCGCUACCUGGCCACUGCUGUUUGGAUGAGCUUCGCCCAAGCUGCCGUCAACCCGAUUGUCUGCUUCCUGCUCAACAAGGACCUCAAGAAGUGCCUGAGGACUCAUGCCCCUUGCUGGGGCACAGGAGGUGCCCCAGCUCCCAGAGAACCCUACUGUGUCAUGUGAAGCAGGCUGGUAGGCAGACAGGCAGAGAGAACGUCACGGCCACCAUGAUGGGGCCAACAGCAAGGAGGGGUAGGGGCCCACACGGGAGCCCUCCUUUCUGAGCUCCAGCCCCAGCCCCUCAAACCACCUGUAUAAUCUAGGCACCUUUGCCAACACCUCCCACGGAUGGAGGACUGGGCGAGGGACUGGGAAAGAGGCAUAUUUAGUUUUGUGGGGCCUGUCUCCACUGACUCCUUCUCCACUUCUACAAUCUCAUUCUCUCUCUCUCUCUCAGAAGUGACAAUUCAGAAAAAGAAAUGAAAACUGAGAAUGCAGGUUUUUCUACUAACAGUUGAGGAGACAGGCUUUCUUACUUUAAUGUCUCUCCUUCUGACACUGUCCAGAAGGGGAAAUUUGUCCUGUAAAAUAGACUUCCAGAGCUCUUAUUGCCCCCUCUGCUCCCAUGCACCCUCCCUUGCAAGUCCUUUAGCAAGGCCUAGAUGUUUAGAGAGAAAGUGGUCUAAGGCUGCUGACAAGACGGACCAAAGAGGGUGCUGGGUUCCCAGGGAGCAGGGAUGUUUAAUUGCUAUGUUGUGUGCAAUGUUGUUUGCAGCCAACCCUGGCCCCCAGCCCAGUCUUCUCCCCAUCCCCACCGUGUCCAGACCUCCCAAAUGGUUCUUGUGCAUCUGUUGGAGAAGCCAGGGGAGUAGGGAGAAGGGACCCAAGGACGGGCCCAGGUUAGGUGAAGAGUAGGAUUUGAGCUGAACUCUUUGAGCUGAAAAGAAUGGUCACACUUGGUCACAUUCUCUCAUGCUGGUCACAUUCUCUCACGCUGCCUUCAGGAUCCCCAGACCCCAACUCUUCUUCUUGAGGAUGGAAAUCCACUCCAGCCCCACUAGGACUGAUGUGGGUGCCACACAGGCAGGAGCAGCCCCCCAGGGAAGUGUAGGGAGGGAGCUGAACUCCCCAGAGUAGCUGGACCACAGAGACGGGUCAGAGCCGAAUUCAACCCCAGAAUUGUACCCUACUCUUCUGAAGAUGAAAAUUUGUUUGGGGCCUUGGUAACCAAUAGAGAUAUGAACUCCAAGGCACUGUGGACUUGAGUCCAUUCCUAUCUGACCUAUUUUUGUCCCCCUCAAGCCUCAGGGGCCUCAAGCCCCUCCUUAGUAACCUUUGGCCUACUGGGCCCUGAGCCCCAAACGUACUUCUUCCCAACAACCCUCCUUCCCCUUCCUUCCCCCACCCUUACCUACACCCAAAGUGGGGCAGACUGCAGCCAGAUUCUCCAGGCGGGAUAUCCAAGCCUCCCUCCCUGGGGUAGAGUCCACUCUAGGCUUACUUUGAGGCCUGUUCUGUGGAUUGGUGAGCCAAGCUGGCACUCUUUGGCCUGGUCUUAACCCAGGCUCUCUGUCCCCCUCUCACUUUCUGUGGGGCCGGAAUCUGUAUUUAUCCACCCUUCUUUCCCUUCUUUAUAAAAGUCCCUGUCCUAAACUGCCUCCCUACCCCAAGAGAGUCCCAGAACUGGGGAAGCCUGGUCCAUACAGAAUGGGGAGGGCACUCUAGGCAGGAGAGACAUUAAUGAGCCUGGCAGCAGAGUGACCCUGGAAAGGCAGGCCAGAGUGGCUGAGAGGCCAGGAGUGGGGGAGCUGUUCUCUCAGCGAUAGUGAUGGGGGUGCCUUUCCAAGGGAGUGGGGUGGGAAGACCAAGGGGGUGGGGGGUAAAUAGGGUACAUUCAGGAGGGUUUUCCUCCAUUUCUUUUUUCUAACUGCCUGGAUUCACCAUUGGAUUUUGUAAAUGGAAAAACUGAAAUGAACAAUGCUAUAUUGGAUGUUUUCUCUUUCUGACUCUGUGUGUGUGUGUGUGUGUGUGUGUGUGUGUGCGCGCGCGCGUGUGGUGUCUGUGUGCAUGCAUCCUGUGUGAUCACAUGUGGAGAGACAUGAUUGAGUGAUAGUGUGUGUCUGUGUGACUUUGUGUGGGGAGGCACUCCUGAGGAAAAUUUGCCUGGUACACACAUGUAAGCAAAUGCCUGUAUGUGGGGACAUAUACAGCAUGUGCAUGCACACACACACACACAAACACAUCACACACAGUUGAGGAGACAAACUAGAGUAUGUGCCCAUGGUAGGAAGUAGAGUGGUCAAGAGAUGGAUCUUAAAAACCGUACAUAGGUAGGUAGUAAGAGGGUAGAUUCCCAUCUCACAAAAUGGGCCUCCGUUGGCCCAGGCUCUGAGCAUGGGAGGGCUAGGGUCGGGGUACUUGAGAACCUUAUCUCCUCACAAGCCUGUAGCCCCAUCUCAGCUCAGUCUCCUUUUCAAACUCAAACAAGGUACCACCAUGGAGAAUGGGGACUGGAAAUUGGAGAUCAAAUGUGAGGGAAACUAAUGGGGUUAGGAAAUGCCCCCAACAAAGUAAUGGCUUCUGGAAGGACUGCUCAGUCUGGGGUGGGAGCCCUUCCUAGGGGCCACUGUAUGCAGCUAGGACUUUGGUCAGCUUUGACCAAAUUUAGAGGGAGGGAUGUCACGGGCAAAAAACCCAAGUCCAGAAAUCUACCCAGCCAGCCUGCUCCCUAGACACUCAGUUAAUUUACUAUUUAAUCUCUCAGGUGCACAGAAUUGAAUUGACCAUACUCCUCAGUUCUUGGCACACUGUGUCAUCAUUAGUCCAUGUGAGGCCCUUUUAUUCUUUUUUUAUUUCAGUUUUGUCCCCUUCAUCAUCCAUUCCUGAUCCCAUCCUCCCUGCCCCCUACAUAAGCACCCACUCUCGUGUAUUUAACAUAUGUCCUUCCAAUCCACCGUUCAUGUGUUUAUUUACAUAUGUGUAUCUGUGAAAAAUAUAUGGUAUUGCUGUGUGUUUUAAUUUACAUACACAGUAUUGUACU